GAGCUGUCUGUCAGUCUGUCGUCUGUCACUUCACUGUCUGUCUGUGUUGUGUUGUGUGUUGUUAGUUAUUACGUUAUCAGUCACUUCUAGCCUAAACCAUAGAUAAAACAUACUCCCUUGUGUUGGUUUUGGUUAGUCUAUGCCUAAACUAUGCUAACACACAAAAUGAAAUAACCUUGUUCUUUAUUAUAACAAUAACUUCUUCAGCCAUUUAUUCUAGUUUUUAACCUGCCAGCUGUCUAUGUAAUUUUCAAAUAAAUGGAUGAAACAUCCAUGACUAUUUCUGGUGAACCAGAAAGAAUUCAAGAUGAUGAUGAUUUUUGUAGCGGUCCACUUACAGCUUACAUAGAAAAUCGGAUGGCCAUUCAUGGGACAAAUAUAUCUCAAGUAUGUAGAUGGUGUAUCUUCUGCGAGUAAAACAUUUACUGAAGUUCUCCGAGAAUCAAGAUUACUAGGAAAUGCUCUGCUGCAAUUGGGAGUGUCAAAGGGAGAUACUCUUGCUAUUUCUUGUGAAAACAGGCUGGAAUUUAGUGUUGUGAUGCUAGCAAGUUUACUGAAAGGCUUUAUUUUUGCUCCAUUGAAUCCAUCAUACAGUAAAGAUGAAAUCGUGCAUGUCUUAAACAUUUCCAAGCCAAAAAUCAUAUUUUGUUCUGGAUACACGUUUGCAAAUGUAAGUUCAUCAGUGUCUCAGUUACAAGAUAUAAAACACAUUGUGCUAUUUGACAAGGCAAACAGUACUCUUCCCUCAUAUCCUAUCCCAGUAAUUUUGUUUAAUAUCCUGCUGAUAAACAGUCCAAGUCUGGCUGAUAUCUCUCCUGGACCAAGACCUGAAGAUGGUGAUGUGGCAACCAUACUUACAUCCAGUGGCACCACCGGACUUCCCAAAGGCGUAAUGCUUUCAUUUGGAAAUUUAAAAUAUUUUUACAACAGCUCGGUGUCCACUUUCUUGAGCUGGAAACCAGAUGACGUUGUUCUAGGCCUUAUACCUUUGUACCACGGGUAUGGGUUUGGAAUGUUGCUAUGUUCAUUCCUUUUUGGAGCUAAAAUGGUCUUGCUUCCUAAAUUCCAAGAGGAGCUAUUUUUAUCUACUAUUCGUAAGUUCAAGGUAACCAGUCUCAGCCUUGUUCCUCCAUUGAUGACAUUUUUGGCAAAGCACCCUCUAGUGCCACAAUAUGAUCUGUCUAGUGUUCGAGAGGUAGUCUGUGGAGCAGCCCCCCUCAGUGUAGAAACAAUCCAUCAGGUGAAAGCCAGACUACCGAGGGCCGACUUUCGUCAAGGCUAUGGCAUGACAGAGUUGUCUAUUGUCAUAAGCAUCACACCACCACACUCCACUAAACUAGAUUCAGUGGGCAAACUGGCUCCGGGUCUCCAGGCAAAGAUAUUGGAUGUAGAGACAGGCAAGUGUGUAGCGCGAGGGCAGCCUGGUGAGAUUGUUGUGAGAGGACCAGCUGUAAUGGUCGGAUACUGCAAUGAUCCUACGGCUACCAGGCUCACUAUAGACUCUGACGGGUGGCUGCACACAGGAGAUGUGGGAUAUGUCGAUGACGAGGGCUUCUUUUACAUCAUUGACAGGAUAAAAGAGCUCAUCAAAUACAACGGGUAUCAGGUAGCCCCAGCUGAGCUGGAGUCUCUGUUGAUGGGAUUAACAGGAGUUAGAGAUGCCGCAGUGAUUGGACUUCCAGAUGUUACUUGUGGUGAACUCCCAUUGGCUUUUGUUGUUCUUCAACCUAAUGCUGCUUUAACUGAAUCCGAUAUAAUUGGUUUUGUCAAAGGUAAAGUUUCUCCUCAAAAACGUCUACGAGUUGUAAGGUUUGUGCAGUCAAUACCAAGGAGUCCAAGUGGAAAGAUCCUCAGAAGAAUGUUGAAACAGUCAUUAACUUCUAAGCUGUAAAUAUGUAAUAAAGAAGACUAUUGAACACAGUUAUUAGUGAUGUGCAAGCAGCCCGAUUUUUGAGCCGAGUCAGUCCAACCUAAAAGCUUAAGUAAUCAAGCAUCAAGUCAGAAAAUAGAGCUUGAGCUGAGGUUUGACUAUCGCGGUGUUCUUCAUAAGGAUAACAUGGGAACUUUAGAGCCCAAGGGACUUUUUCAAAAAUGUAAGUAAGGAAAAGGAAAGUUUGCAAAUCUACAUAUCUAGAUGAACAUUUUGGUAUAUAAUAUGUGGGGUUAAAUCUUAAAACAAAAAAGCCUUAUUGUUUGCCAAGUUUCAUGUAGCGUGUUAGAUAUAGAUUUUUAUUGAAAGAAAAACAAUGUAUAGUAAAACUAGUAAGCUACACCAUUGUACUAAUAAAACAAUCACAUACAGUUAGUAAAUAUUUUAUUAUUAGAGUCAAAACUAGUCAUGUACAAAGUCUGUUAUCUAUAUAUACAAAUUAUUUUAAAUAUAAUCAAACUACUUAAAAAAAAAAUUCUAACUAGUAAACAGUGCAAUACAAAAGACAUUUUAUUGUUACACAGGACUUCCUGCAGCAAAAUAUUAAUGGAUUAUAUUAUUCAUUUUUACAAGUUUUUGAAAAUCAUAUUGCUGCAAGAGAAUCAAAUAAGGAUUCCAAACUAUGAAACACAAAACUAUAAGUAAAAUUAAACAUUACUUGAUCAAAUAAAUUAUAAUGUCACAGUACAAAAUUAAGAAUGCAAAAUAAAUCCAUCGGUAACAAAAAAUACCUGAAAGACUAUUACAAAUAAUGCAUUUUCAUGUUCACAUCAAAUGUGCUUAAAAAAUUUAUUGUUACAAGAUUCAUUGAAACAAACCCCAGAGAAUCUAUUAGUGUUUUAAUGGAAAACCGCUGAAAAUCAUAACAAGUUCUGAAGGUAACACUGGUAAUAAUUCAGGUAGCAUAUAACAUAGUUUUGAAUAAUGCAAUCAUAUCAUAAUCAGGUAUUUUUUGGACACAACGUGUAUUACUUUGCAGUUUCUUCAUAUAAAUGCUUGUUUUGUAGCUAAAACAUCAGCAAAGGGCUGCACAAUUUCACGAGUUGCAAAGUAAAA